GUUCGUUUGUUUCUGCUACUGAAGGUGUUCAUGAUGAAUUGGACUGUGAUCGAUUGAUGAGGUGAUCUGCGGAUAGUGCUUCCCGGAUCGAGUGGGAGGCUGUCGGAUAGCCAUAUCCCCCCUUUCUCUUCUUGGCCACUGACUGCCACUCUCAAUCAAAUCAUCAAGAAUCAACCACCAAGGAAUCAGGAUGGAACAACCCAAGCAUCGACCAGCACACUGGCAACUCCACGGAGAAGGACUCGGCUACCUACUCAUCCUAGAAGAAGAACACAACAACAACCAACUACUACCACCCAAGGCAAGACUCGCACUCAAAACCCAAACGACCACCAUCGGAUCAUCAAACAAACUCACGACGAUCUGCUUGCAAGACCAAACCAACAUCCAACCCAUCCACCUCAUCAUCACCAUCAACACUCAAACUCACAGGGCUUCACUCCAAGUAGUCGGCUCAUCCGGAAUCACCCUCAACCAGGAACAUCUGAACCCAUCCCCAGAACUAAUCCCACUCAACGAUCGAGACACGUUCUAUAUCAACCAAUUUCCAUUCAGAUGGGAACAACGUUGGGACGAUCAUCUCAUCGACUGGUCAAGAUUCGACCAGCAACCAGCCAUAUCCAGCACUUCAAACCAAACCCUCCUACUCGAUAUCCUACCAGAACCAAGCUCACCACCAGCCACUCCGAGCUCAAAUUCAAAAAACAGUCCAUGCAAAUUACUCAUCUCACCCACCAAGACCAACUGUAAAGAGCUCUUAUUCCAAUGGGAACCCAAUCACUCUCAAGAAUCCUCACUCGAUUCUAGUCACGUCUCAUUCCGAAAACGAUCACAUCCCAGAUCGAUCAAAGCAGCAUCCCAGAACAGAACUCAGUCGACCGACGAUAGUUCAAGUGAGGAUGAAGAGCAUCACUUCAACUUCAAAAAUCACACCUCCCCCCCAACUACUACCACUCAACAGCACCAUCAAUCACCACUCCCAUCAGAAUCUCCUCUCUCACCCACCAGUCCAUCAUCCUCAUCACCGAUCAACCUCGAUCUCACUUCACUCGAAGAACCUCAGCCACGAAGGAAGAGUCUCUUACAAAAGCUACUCAUCAAACAGGCCGUCCAAACCCAUCUGGCCCACCAAUCCGACCCAAUCGAACCCAACUCACUGGCCGCCUCAGGCUUCAGCAGUAGUGAGGACGACGAAGAUGAUCAGGAGGAUGACCCAGAUUCUCCCGACGACGACCUAGCUCAAGAUACCAAUAAGCUUGAUGAUAUCAGUAGUGAUGAAGACCAUCCUACCAGGAUGGACAACUGCAACCUCUCACCUGCUAGAGAUAGCCCUCCUCAAUCCAACCCUACCGCCCCUUCAGACGCGAUCUUUUCAUCCAAACCACGUCCGCUCAGCCCCGCGAAAAAUGGACUCCAGCCCGUCUCGCUGCCGAGUACAAUCACGCGACCGGUCCUCGAUCGUCGCUCGAUGUCGCCCAACGCGAAGCUUCUCUCGGCCUUCCAGAGCCACUCCCCUUCAUCCCCACCUCCACCAGCAACGCUCGUCUUUCCGCUCAAGAGUAGCUUCAGGAGACAGUCAUAUUCCGCCGACGAACUCGCCGCCUUCUCAUCGGCCUCCACUUCCCCAAACUCAAACCCCUCAACCCCAUCUCCCUCUACUUCCUCCCACUCCGCUCGUCAGGCCUCCGUCCGACUCAAUACUCAAAUCAAUAGCCGUAGUCCUAGUUUCCCCGUCGACCCUCACCCAUUCACUAAUCCUGAAACUCUACGCAACCGUCUCCGUAGUAGCGUGAGAACUACUGGCUCUGCCCCACUACCACCACCACCACCACCACAAGCACCACAAGCACAGCCCACACCACCCAACAAACAACCCGACAAUAUCACUCGACCAAAUACCAUCCCUCAUCGGAUCAUUCGUACCCCCAGGUCUUUCCUCAUCAAACGUCGAGGAAGUCUUACCCCCUUGACUGCACCUACCUGUGGUCCCGACCCUUUACUUCUCUUACAGUCAGAGACACAGGAGGAUUACGAGUACUUUAAUCAGGGUGAUGAGAAACGUAAAGUUCGGUUCGAUCGGGACGUCUUUUGUCUCGAGUUUGAUCAACUUCCUGAGGAACUUCCUCUCUCUAGACAGCCUAAACGGGCUAAAGUUCUUGUGGAAGAACAGCCAGACCCUCCGUCUGAUAACGCUAAACGAAAUGGACAGAGAAGAAAUACCUUACCGUCCACAACCACGAAUCGACCGCGUCGUCAAUCUCCUCGAUUGGCCAUCCCUGCAACCUCGAUUUCUACUCAACCACUAACGACGACGACAACGAUGAUGAUGGUCCAAGAAGAAGAGGAGCUGGAGGACUCGCAAUCGGAGGAGGCGGAGGAAGAUGUGUUGAAGAGAUUGAGAGCCGCAGAGGCUCAGUCGUCGAUUGCUUCGGUCGACCUUAGUGGCUUGUCCAUCAAUCCUCCCUCGGCUUCGUCUUCUCCAUCUCAUUCAGGUUAUCCUCAUUCUCCAGCAGCUAUCGGACAGUCACCGUCAACAUCAACAUCUUUAUCAUUAGAAGAACAAGAUCAAGAUCAAGCGCCCAAGAAACCUGAGGCUCUUAAUCGACGUCGUGGCUCGAUCAUCGAAGCUUUCGCCGCCCGUCUCUUCCCUUCCUCUUAUUCUACUACUACCACAACCGAGUCGACCAGACGAAGCUCGAUGCCAGCGAACUUCGGACGCUUAGACGAAGUAGAAAGUCGACUGAAAGGGCUUCGUUUAACUCCCUCAUCCGACGCCGAUCCCGCCCUCCAUUCCUUGGACCCUCACCAUGUUUCGGCUACUCAUAUCCUCCGAACUCGCUCCGAACCCGUGCCUUCUUCUUCUUCUUCUUUUCCUUCGAUUCCGACCUUCGCCCCCAACCUGCAAAACGUCAAACAACUCUUCCUGUUAAACUCUUCAUUCAAUAAUAAUAAUGGUAAUAGUAAUCCGUUAGCUUCGAUCGGGACCGGGUUUGCGUCGUUGGUCAAUGGGAUCAAGCGGAUCGGGUCGCCCCGCGCUUCGGCCAUCACGACAGAUGAUUCUUCCGACUCGGAAGAAGACUCGGAGGAUCUGGAGUCCGACUCGGAUGGGUCGGAGGGUCCAAACUCUUCGGCUCAGAAUGAUCUUGAUAAUGAAGUGGGUGACGAUCAAGAAGAAGGGAAAGAGGAGAAUGAAGAAGAUCGGACAGAGAUGGGUGAUCAACCAGACGAUGAAGAUGAUGAUGAGACGAAGAAGAAUCUAGGCGAUCAGGACAAGAUCGAGGCCGAUCCAUCGACUCCCAGCUCCCUGACCAUCCAAGCAGACCCCACAAGCCAGUCUCGGGUUCCCGAUCCACCCGCCGUUGUUCGACGACGCCCGGGUCGGCCGAAGAAACAGCCCCCCGUUCCGGCGUCUGGUGCCGCGGAUUCGAAUACGGAAUCGGGAGCGGUCAGCCAUGGCCGACCGCGAAGGACACGCGGCGGCGGAGACGCGGCUAGUGUCGGGGGAACAGCGACGGGACGUCGAGGCCGCGGCGCCCGGGCCGGGCCCGAAGCCGGCCGGCCGACGGCCCAGCUACGUUUCCCUCACCCCGGCUUGCUCCUCCACGGCUCCUCCGCUCCCUCCGUCGGUGGUUUUCCUGCUUCUUCUAAGACCUCUCAGGCUCCUGCUGUUCCUGCUGUUGUUCCUGCUGCUGGACCUACUCUUAGACCUAGGAAAGGAAAAACUCAGUCGUGAAUCGCAAGCAGCGGGCGCGUGCUUUCUCGUGCUCACCUUGCUCGGCUCGUAUUCUUGGUCGGGGCCCAGCUCCGUCUCCGGAUUGGAAACCUACUCAUCUUAAUCACUCUCUCUGAU